AUGCCUCGCGAUCCCCUCAUUGGGCUGGUGGGAAAGCCUUCGGCGGGCAAGAGCAGCACGCUCAACAGCCUGACUGAUGCGAGUUCCAAAGUUGGCAACUUCCCCUUCACGACCAUCGACCCGCAACGAGCGAUCGGCUACCUGCAAGUAGACUGCGCCUGCGCGCGCUUCAACGUCUCCGACCGGUGCAAGCCCAACUACGGCGCGUGCGCCGCCGGCCGGCGCUCCGUGCCCAUCGAGCUCCUCGACGUCGCCGGGCUCGUCCCCGGCGCGCACCAGGGCAAAGGUCUCGGCAACAAGUUCCUCGACGACCUGCGGCACGCGGACGCGCUCAUCCACGUCGUCGACGCCUCCGGCACCGUCGACGCCGAGGGCAAGGCCACGCGCGGCUACGACCCCUCGGUCGACAUCGCCUGGCUGCGCAGCGAGGUCGUCGCCUGGAUCCUCGGCAACCUUGUCCAGAAGUGGGGGUCCCUGCGCCGCCGGCACCUCGCCACCAAGGCCACCGCCGCCGAGACGCUGCAGCUGCAGUUCUCCGGCUACGGCUCCACGCCCGUCGUCGUCGCCCGCGCGCUCGACCGCCUCGCCCUCCGCGAGCCCCUCGAGGACUGGUCCGACGCCACCGUCGAGCGCGUCGUCAACGCCUUCAUCGACGAGAAGUUCCCCACCGUCAUCGCGCUCAACAAGAUUGACCACCCGGACGCCGACAAGAACAUUGCCAAGAUUGCCAAGAUGCAGGACCCGGCCAGCAUCGUGCUGUGCUCUGCCAUCUCGGAGAUUUUCCUGCGCAAGAUGGCCAAGCAAAACUACAUCAAAUACGUGGAGGGCGGCGAGUUCGUGGACACGCGCGAGGACCUGGUGGAGCAGGGCGACCCGGAGGGUGGCGGGCUGCGGCCGCUGGACGAGAAGAACAGGAACCGCAUCGAGAACCUGCGUGACAUGGUGCUGUACCGCUUCGGGUCGACGGGCGUAGUGCAGGUGCUGUCCAAGGCGGCGGAGCUGCUCGGCCUGGUGCCCGUGUUCCCGGUGCGCAGCGUGUCGACGUUCGUGACGGGCGCAAACGACACGAAGCACGUCUUCAAGGACUGCGUGCUGGUCAAGAAAGGCUCGACGGUGGGGGACGUGGCGCGCAAGAUCAUGGGCGAUGCGCCGGUCGCGUACGUGGAGGGCGUGGGCGGCCUGAGGGUGUCCGAGGACGACAUCGUGGCGGUCGGCAAGAAUGAUGUUCUUUCAUUCAAGGUCGGCAGGGCGUAG